AUGGGUGUCUCCAGAUAUUCAAAAGGAACUUGCAAAUUAUUUUGCAAAGAAAUUGGUGGAGAUGUCUUCAGUUUGUUGAUUGACAAGGCUUCCGAUGUGUCGGACAAAGAACAAAUGGCUGUUGUGCUGAGGUAUGUUGACAAGCUAGGGUUAAUCCUGGAACGACUCGUUGGGAUAGUACAUGUGAAGGAAACAUCGGCAACGUGUCUCAAGUCAGCCCUUGAGAAAUUGCUUAUUGAUAUUGGAUUAAGCUUCAAGCAAGUUAGAGGACAAUGCUAUGACGGGGCGAUUGGAGCUUCAUGCAAAAGAAAAGACAUGAUCAGAGAGACUAAUAGGGAGAAUGUAAAAAGAGGCAUAAGUAGUGGACGAAUUAGUACCGGCACAGGGUUGAAUCAAGAUCAAUCACUUCAAAGGGCGGGAGACACCCGUUGUGGUUCUCAUUAUAGAACCCUCUCAAGCUUAAUUCAGUUGUUCCCAUCAAUUGUUAAGAAGUUUGAUGACAGAUUCAAUGAAGUAAAUUCUUCAUUGCUUAUUCACAUGGCUUCUUUCAAUCCAAAAAACUCUUUCGCUGCUUUUAACCCGGAGAGUUUGCUGAAGCUAGCUGAGUUUUAUCCUCAGGAUUUCCAUUCAUCAAAAUUGAUGGAUCUUGGGCAUGAACUUCGGAUUUACAUUGACAAAGUCCGAGUGGACAAAAGAUUUGCCAAUUUGGAUGGCAUUGCAGAUCUUGCUAAAAAAUUGGUUGACACUAAGAAACAUCUUGCUUUCCCUUUGGUGUAUCAACUUCUAAAGUUGGUACUGAUUUUGCCCGUUGCCACGGCGUCAGUGGAGAGAUGUUUUUCAGCAAUGAAUAUUGUGAAGUGUGUUUUACGUAACAAAAUGGGCGACAAGUUCAUGAGUGACUCCUUGAUUUGCUAUGUGGAGAAAGAUAUUUUUCUACCAUUACGAAUGAUGCCGUAA